ACCAUGAAGCUGCUGUUUAUAAUAUCUGCCCUCUUCACUUUAACUAGCGGUGAUAAGAGAUGCCAUGGUGUCUAUUUCGAUGAUAAAUACUUCAAUCUAUAUAUUAUCAAGGAAGGGAUACACCAUUUGCACGACUUUGCCUACAACAAAAACGAUAACACCCUAUACUUUACGUAUGAAUCACUCUCUGAAACACCUGUACUAUUUCUUGGCUAUUUCGAUAUAAGUACUCGUAAAAUCGGAACCAUAAAUGGUAUCAGAAAUGCAACAUCCGUAACUGUCGACCAGUUUUAUGGAAAGGUAUACGUCGGCGGUGCUGAUGGUCUCUUCAAAAUAAACGAACAGAAAGUUCCAGAACGACUUCCAAUACAGGAGGAUGUGAAAAGUGUGCAUUUUAGAGACGGUCUAUAUUUUACAAAUAGGAGACGAGAAGUGUAUAAAUUUGAAGAUGGUUACGCAAGUUUAGUUCCCGAGAUGCGUGGAGUGGAAGCGGAUAAAAUUAUCAUAGACGAUGACAAUAACAUGUUCUUUCUACAAAAUAAGAAGCUUUUUAGAAUAAAAAUGGGUACCAGAGCAAUUAAUACUCAUGAAAUGCAUACGGUGGAUGCACUGACGACGGACAUUUACCAUAAACCAUACAUUUGCACUGCUAAAGGUGUAUACGUGUAUAAUAAGUACAAAUAUGUGUUUGAUAAAGUUUCUGAUAUAGCAGGGUUAAAGGCUCUUACAUUUAGUAAGUUAAAUGAACCAAUUUACGCAGUAGCUGAUUUAUUUGUUAAGUUAGAGUUGAGCCCUAUUGGUUGUUUUGAAGAUUAAGUAAUGUAUGAAGUUCGACAUUAAUUAAGACAACAAUAAAGCAACCCAAUUGAAAUAAUACAAUCAAUUAACGGUAAAUUUACUAAGAAUGGAGGCAUAGUAUAUGUAUGGAUACUUAAUUUCAAUAUAAAAGCUGUUGUACAAAAUUUUCAGCAUAAUAGACAUAGCGUUCUAUUUGUAAUAAAUUCUUCAAUAAUAUUGUAGCCGUAAUUAUCAAUAACCGCUACAUAUAUAGGUUACUGAUAAUAAUUGUACAUUCAGCAUGCAUUUUGUGAUAAACAUAUGGGAAAACAUUACUAAACUACAUUUUUCAUAUAUUUUUUUCUACCAUGUUACUGAAGGAGGUAAAAUUGUUCAAAUAGCACAUACAUUUCACCAUAGUAGGUAAAUAGAAAACAAAAAUUACUAAUGUAAUGUGUAUUCAUUAUAAAUUUAACAUACUUUCUGCCCGCGGCUAUGCCCGUGCAGUCAAAUUAAAGGCAGACGGUACCAGUGAUUUUACUCGUUUUCAUUUCUCCGGUUCAAACUUUUUCUGUAGUUGUGAUUAUCGGUUUGAGGAAGCAGACAAACAAACAAACAAACUCUUCAUUUUUAUAUAUGUAUUAGUGUAGAAGUAUGGAUUGCUAGAUUACUUGGCAACUAUUAAUCAGUUUGAUUUUUUCCACUGUCAAUAUGUGUUGAUUGUUUUAGAUGUACGCAUAUUAUAAGUAUUACCACUUGUAUAUUAAUUAUGUAAGUU